UCUGAAACUCAAAUGGAAACACGGACAAGCACGGCUCCAGUUCCUAGCGAGCGCGUGUAGAAUUAGUUUUGAAAAUCAACUGUGCCAGCUGCCGACCGGCGUUGUCAGCCCGUGGUAUCCGCCCGUCAACGUUCUCGGCCCUGUUUAGAUGGAUCCAGAAUUCGCUUCAACUAUGGAACUCUGAAAGACAUCGUAGCAGGUAGAGCGGAACUGUUGGAAAACGGGUGGCAAACAUGAAGCGAGGCCACGCGGAGGCAACAACACCUACUGGUUCAGGAAAUGCCACACCCACCAAUGGAUGUCCAAUGGUUAUCUUUGGAUGGGGUCAUGGUCCAAGCGGUGAACUGGGCUUAGGUGGAAUAUCGGGAGAAACGGAUGAAGACAUAGUCGCAGUGCCACGACAGUUGAGGCGAUUUGGCAGUCGCGUCGUGAAAGAUGUGGCAUGCGGCAAGCAACACACACUGGUCCUGCUUGCAAACGGAUACGUCUACAGCUGUGGCUCCAAUGAGUUUGGCCAGCUUGGCCAGGACCGCUCUCAGAGGAAAUUGGAACAAGUGAGUGCGUUGGCCGCCCAUGAGAUUCGAGCUGUUUCCUGUGGCCAGGAUCAUUCCUUGGCUCUAAGUGAGGCUGGACAAGUUUUUUCGUGGGGAUGCAACAAGGAUGGACAAUUGGGAAACGACUCUACAGAUCCCCAGCACAACAAACCAAAGGUGAUAAAGAAAUUGGCUGUAAUGCAGGUGGUUCAAAUAGCUAGUGGAGCCCUACAUUCACUGGCCCUUACAAUAAACGGAGAGUUGUAUGCGUGGGGAAGCAACUCAAAUGGGCAAUUAGGCAUAGGUGAGAAGGACGGUGGUCGUUCCUCUCACCGUUCUCCUUGUCGAGUGACGCAUCUGGCUGGAAUUCCCUUGACACAGGUUGCCUGUGGAGGAUAUCACAGUGUUGCACUCACACUUUCUGGUGCUCUCUUUGUCUGGGGCCUCAACUCGUUUGGACAGUUGGGUACAAAUGACAAGAACGAUAGGUUUGUUCCCACGGUGCUCAAAUCGCUGAGAUCCCAACGCAUCAAGCACGUCUGCUGCGGAGAGAAUCAUACAGCAUGUCUGACAUCGGAUGGUGGUGUGUUCACUUUUGGAUGUGGCACCUACGGCCAACUCGGUCACGGAGCCAAGGCAAACGAAACUGUACCUAAACGCAUUUCCGAACUGAUGGGCACCAUCAUAACACAACUGGCAUGUGGAAGGUGUCACACGCUAGCAUAUGCCCCGCGUGCAGGGCGUCUUUAUUCUUUUGGACUGGGAGGUGCUGGACAAUUGGGACAGGGAUCUUCUGCUGCUGGCACUACGCUGUUGCCCGGAAUCGUCCAAGGCCCAUGGACCGGGGUUGUCCAUCAGGCACUUCAAGACCGCUCCCCGUCACCACAACCUGUACAACGGCUGUAUUCCCCCAAAGAAAGUGCAUCGGAAGUCUCAUGGUCCCAGUGCCUCUGCGAUGAGGUGCCCCCCCUGGGCGAUGGGAAACGAGACAGUAGCGAAUUUUUGGUGCCUCCCGAUGGCGGUGUGGAAGGCCGCAGGACGCCGCAGGACAGGAUUAUCGAUGCGGACCUCGUGCACCCUGAAGCAGUAGACAUCGAUGACCUUGGCUCGGAGCCGCUGCAGAGCAACAGAUCAAAAGAAGAAUCCAAAGUGUUUUUGCACAAGGUGGUCUGUGGUGGGGACCGCAACUUUGUGCUCUGCUACGAGGACAAGGGUGAUUCCCCACCUCGUCCAUUGGACUUCCGGUUUCAUUGCAAGGAUACCCAAAUCUCUAGUAUGGACAACGAUGUGUUGGAACAGUUGCCCUUCUUUCCAGUUCAGGAACAAGUGCCUCAGGAACUGCUCAGUUACCUGGAAACAAUCUUUGGUUCAACUGCGUGCUUGAACGCGUCGUACCUGAAAGAAGAUGACGCUCACUACAACUGUAGUGACAUCAAUCAUGGCAUGGAUCUGGAAGCAGCUCGCCAUGGGUUCAAGUGCAUAGAAGAUGCCAAGAAUCCAUCAAUUCCGGAGCUGGUAGGGUUGUGCCUAGAAGAGCUGGUGAAGCUGCUUCCAACAGCUCCUCUGGAUAUAGAAGGGAUGCGAGUCUUCCUUCUUCUUCCUAUGUGUCAUCUAUUCAAGAACCCCCAGCGCUACUUGGCAUCCCUCGUUGGAAAGUAUUGCCACUCUGUUGCCCAACUGAGCACCAGAGCACAGACUAUUCUGUCCAAGUGGUGGUCCCUUCUAGCAGAAGCGCAGUUUGAAGACUUAAUUUCGGUGUUCAAGGGAUGCAUCAUAUUUGUGCUACAGCAGGACUUGCCAACGAAACAAAACCAUGGCCACCUUAAGUUGGCCCUCGACGUCCUGGCCAAACUGAGCACAGUGAAUCGAGAGUAUGGUGGCAUCGUGCCUUAUGAACAUUUCUACAUUCCGGCUGUGACCGAGAAGGUGGACGUGCAGCUGGACUACAUACAAUGGGUGCAGAGUAGUCGUACUCAGAGGAACAACAAGGUGUACUUCUGCGACUACCCAUUUGUGUUCAAUGCGCAGGCCAAAACAAUUAUCCUUCAGACUGACUCCCACAUACAAAUGCAGCAAGCCAUGGAAACUGCGUGUCAACAAACUUUUGCCAGCCUCAUCUUGCCAGUCGUGCCUCCCUCAAAUCCAUACCUGGUGCUCUAUGUGGGUCGUCAGAACAUCGUCAAUGACACCUUAAACCAGUUGGCUGACCAGUCAGCGGCUGACCUCAAGAAGCCCCUCAAAGUGCAGUUUCAUGGCGAAGAAGCUGUUGAUGCCGGUGGAGUGAGAAAGGAAUUCUUUUUGUUGCUACUGAAGGAGAUUUUGGAUCCAAAGUAUGGCAUGUUUACAGAGUACCCAGAAUCACGCUGCAUCUGGUUCAAUACACAGAGCUUUGAGGAGGAUGCCAUGCUGUACUACCUGAUCGGCAUCGUAUGUGGCUUGGCAAUCUACAACUUCACUAUCAUUGCCCUGCCUUUUCCACUGGCUUUGUAUAAAAAGCUUCUCAAACAGCAAACGAAGCUCGUCGAUCUACGUGGCCUCUCUCCUACUUUGGCAAAGAGCCUUCAAGAUUUGCUGGAUUAUCAAGGAGACGACAUUGAGAAUACAUUCUUUCUAACUUUCGAGGUGACAGUGGAUCACUACGGCACCAUGCGCAAUUAUGAACUCAAAGAGGGAGGCCGUAAUAUCAAAGUGACCAAGGAAAACAGGCAGGAGUACGUGAACCUGUAUGUGGACUUUAUCCUCAACACUUCCGUGCAUCGCUCUUUUUCCGCCUUUGCCGAAGGUUUUUACAAGGUUUGCACCAGUAAGGUCCUGGAUCUCUUUCACGCGCAAGAAUUGAUGAUCCUGGUCGUCGGCAGUGAAAAUUAUGACUGGAACGAAUUGGAGAAAAAUGCUCAGUACAAGAAUGAGUUCCACCGAAACCACCCGACAGUACGGACGUUUUGGAGAGUUUUCCAUGGUCUCGACUACGAAGAGAAGAAAAAAUUUUUACUGUUUCUGACGGGAUCUGAUCGUAUUCCUAUUAUGGGAAUGAGCGAGAUUAAGCUAGUGAUCCAACCAAUGAAGGUUGGUGACGACCACCUUCCUGUGGCCCACACGUGUUUCAACCUCUUGGACCUGCCCAUGUACUCCAAUGAAGAAGUGAUGGAGCGAAAAAUUCGCCAAGCUAUCCAGCACACCGAAGGCUUUGGCCUCGUCUGACACAAUAAGAGAAGCCAAUUGCUGGCCAGUGUGGAUUACAAGAAUCUGAGCAGAAAUUGUGCAUGUUAAGUUGACUGCACAAUGAAAUUAAAGCGAGAAAAGAAGCGCACCCUGUCAUGGAAUGUGCACCUUUUUCAAAGCUCUUUUGUUUGUUGUACCAGAAAUGGCAAUCUCUCAAAUAAAAGGCAUCAAAGCA